AUGUCUGAGUUUGGGAUUUUGAUUGUACUCUCUGAUUCAAACAGGCCUGUGCUGAAUUUGGGAAUUAGGUCGCCACUUAGCGAUUGCCUCGACCAAUACAACCCGCUCGAUGACUUGAUUGAGGAUGCCAUUAAUACUGUCCUGGGGAAUGCUUACGCGGACGCCAAUAAAUUCAUUGAGGCUGCCAUGUCAGACAUCAACGUGUGUGACUCGCAGCUCAAGGCAAGCAAUGUGGAGGAGAAGGCGGAGAACAAAAACGGGGACGAAGUCCAGCUGUCCAAGAAUCUGAAAGAAUACAAAUCUUCCCUCAAAAAGCAUGUUAUCGGCUGCCUCAAACAUUGUCAAAACUAG